AUGGACAUCCCACAGCCAGAUGAAGGCGAUGUCAACAUCGGAACCGACACCUUUCGCGCCUGUUGGGCCUUGACUGGUGUCGUCGGCCUUGUUCUGAUCUUCAGAUUGGGUAUGAAGGCAUGGGUGCGCUGGUCACUGCCCCAGGUGUCUGCCCCGGAGCGAGUAUGGGGCUUGGAAGAUUUCAUAUUCCUCUUUGCCUAUUCGGUUGAUAUCGCUCAUAUGACGCUCAUCGAGCUCAGUUAUCACUGGGGACUCGGCCGACAUUUCUACUACCUGAGCCCCGAGGAGAGGGUCCAGGCUCUACGAUACGACUAUGCUUCACAGCCUGCUGGUAUGUCCAACCAGAUCGUGGUGCAGUGUGGACCGUACCCUUACCGUCCGGUAAUUGCCAACCAGGUACUACGACUUGGAGGUUUUUCUCUGACACAUCCUUUACAGGCUGAUCGCACUAAAUACUUCCACUACAUGUGGGAUCCUCUUCCUGCCGAUGGAUCCGUCAGGUGUCAAAGUCCUUCUGUACAGACGACUGUCGGAUUUGUGCAAGGAGUUCUUUAUCCAAACGCUUCAACGGAACCCCGGGGUGUCUGUUUGGACGCAGUUUCGCAAGAUCAACAGCAGCGUGCGGUCCCGUCGGAUAUGGCAGACGAUAACCCUGGGCGGGCCCUUGGUUCUGUCGGGAGUUGCCUCGAUCGUAAAGACCUAUCUUCUGAAGUCUCUGGGAGACAGAUCAGAUUUUACCUGAUUGAGAACUACAGCAUUCUCAUUGCAACCUGUGCGCCGGUCAUCCGCCUUUUUAUGCGGGCUUUUGUCCAUCAGCGUCGUGAAGGCCGGUAUCCCGGAUAUCCGUGGUCGCGCUCCCACUCCAGCAACACCCAAGGGCAUGAGAUGAAACGUCGACAGUCAUCUGCAACGUCAGGAAUGGAACAGAAAGUCCCAAGUGACGCGCUGUUGACUUCUCUUUCGGGCGGCAGCCACGGCCACAAGAAUGAGCACAAAGGAAGCAAUUGGGGUCAAUGUUCCAGCUGCUCGAAUGUUCCACCACCGCCACCGCCAGCGCUGCCUCCUACUGGCAGCGGCCAUGUGACUGUCCAGACGGAUAUUGUCGUCGAGGUCGGCGAGCCGGGUCCUUCAACUGUCGAGGACGAUACGGAUGGCAGUGUCCAUGGCGCAUUGUCGAUCGGCGAAAGAGGCCGGGUGGAGCGGCAUGCGGGAGCUUUUGCAUGGAUGGGGAAGAAUGAUACCCAUGAUUUUGUAUGA